AUCUCAUUAGUGACUCUUGAAUCUGCUAAAUAUAUAGCCAACCCUGUGAUUACAAGUCAAACUGUACAACCAAACAUGCAUUUGGUGACAGGAAAACAAAAGUUUUCAUCUCAAAUAUCAUCAGUUACAAAAGGCUCAUCAGAAGCUGAUGAUAAGUUAAGAAGACCGGUAACAAAUACAUUUGAAACUGAGACAUCUUCAUCUGUCAUAAGCACUGUAACACCAGGGCUAACUUUAGAGUAUGCUAUCAAUGACACAAAAGAUCCACAUCAUCACUCUGUCUUAAAACCCAAUGGGAACUCUUUGAACACAUUAGGACAGUUCUCUUCAUCAGAUUCAAGAGAUAUGGAGUGGGUAAAUCAGCAUGUUGAUGUAAUUAACAAUACACAUUCACUGUUGAACCUGAGGAAGUACGUUACAGAAAUGAGGAAAAAUAACAAAUCAGGUUUACCUUUUCAAAUAGAGGGAUAUUAUACUGAAGGGAACAUAGAUCAACUAGAUACAGUUAAUAUAAAAGAGAAAAAACUUUUGGGAAAGGUUGCUAAGGAUAUUACAACCCACCAACUGACACCCACUACGCAUCUGCCAACUUCACUAAGUAUAGUGUCAAGAUUAGACAAUGCUGCAUUGGUAGAGAUGACCUCUAUAGAGAAUAAUUUUCAUCCUAAAACACUUAAAGUAGAUGACAUUUCACAUCCUACAGAAAAGAAACAGGACCAUCUGCUGGAUUCACCCAGAAGAGGUGAAACAACCCUUUCAGGAACAAAGAGUAAUUAUGAGGCAGUGCUGAACCAUCUGCAGAUACCUGAUACAGGUCUUCCACAAAGUGUAGAUAAAACAACACAGCUAGCUACACCUAGUCUAGAUGUAGCAACUUUUCCAGAGACAUCCGCUACCGGCUUAAAUGUAGAACCUAUAACAUUCAAAGCACAAAUCUUUUCACAAGCAGCAGAGCCCAACAUUGACCAACUGGGGAAAAUAAAUAUAAAAUCAAACAUUAUUUUAAAUAAUGUUGAAAAAAAAUCAUUUGUAUCCCGAGUCAAUGAUGGGAUUAAGCUAAAUAUUCCUGUUACACACAAUCCAGAAUCACAAGCAACAGUCAAUACAGAAAGAAAUGAGCAUGUAGAUGCAACCAGUGAAAUAAAUACAGUUCAACCAAUUGCAUACAGUAUAGAUCACACAUUUGAACCAGUGCAAUCCACAGACAGUGAAAGAAUGGAAUCUAUCGUAUCCACUGGAGAAAGAACAUUUCAACCAACCAUUUCCACUGGAGAUGCAAGAAAAAUGCAAAAGAAUCCGGCCCCUCAAAAAGAAAACAACAAUAGCCUUCUUCAGACACUGAUACACUCCCUUAGUAAUGUACAACAGACCAUCACCUCUAAAGCAGAAUAUAAAGCUCCUGUAAAUGUAACAACUACUAAGAAUUAUUUACGGAUGACCAGAAAAGAUGGCAAAGUUCAGCCUUCAGUAGACAAAGGUACAAGUACACUCCAGGAAGUUACAACUAUUACUAACAUCUUUAAGCCAUCUUUCAGGCUUAGUGAGAAGAGUGUAGUGCAGCCAAACUCUGCUGGAGGUGUCAGGGAAGCCAUUUCACACACAUCCACUGGAACACAUAGAGAUCCGGUGGUAAAAGGCACAGAAGGGGCUCCAUUAUCAAAAGAAGAAACUAGUCAUUAUUAUGUGACACAUUUGACUGAUGUGGAGAUCUUUUCCUCAUUGGAUGUAAAAGAUGUUUCCAACAUCACAGAUAUUGUCCCUGAGUUUUCAUCCUCAGCUGCAUCAUCUAUAAGUCCUGUAGCUGUACAAACACCUGCAGCAUAUGGGCUGCAUCUCCUGUCUACAUUAGUCUCUCCUGUUGUCACCACAGAAACACUACCAAAACAAGAUAAGGUACAUCCAUCUACUUCCUCAUUUGUAACUUCAGAUUCGUGUGGUGGUGUGAUGAGACAAACCAAAGGAAGAUUUCAGACACCACACUAUCCAGAAUCCUACCCAAGUAACAUGGAUUGCACCUGGGUGAUUGAAGCUUCUGCCGGAUAUCUCAUCCGUUUGGAUUUUAUUUCCUUGUUUAUUGAAGAACACAGAACAUGCAAGUAUGAUUAUGUGGUUGUUUAUGAUGGCAAAGGACCCGGCAAAGUCGAAAUGGGCAGAUUCUGUGGAUCUGAAGUGCCACCACAGCUCCAGGGGUCUUCCAAUACAAUGAGCAUCACAAUGAAAUCGGACUCCUCGAUGGAACUAGAGGGAUUUUCAGCUCAGUUUAGCACUUUUCAAAUUCCAGCAGGUUAUAUCCAUCUGGUUGGAGGAAAGAAUAAAUAUAAUGGUAGAAUAGAAAUUGUGUCUGAUGGACACUGGGAAGGAAUAUGUGCUAAACAGUGGACCAAUAGAGAUGCCAUGGUGGUGUGCCGCCAACUUGGCUUCAGUGGACCAGCAUUAGCCACAAGAUUUAAUGUGAGUCGGCAAGAUAUUCAACAAGCAAUUCCAUACAUUAAAUGCAAGGGAGAUGAAAUGACACUGCAGGACUGUGAUAUCAGAAGGACUGGUAAAUGUACAACCAGUGAACAUGCAGCAGUGAUCUGCCAGGUUAUGGAGUCGUGUGCAGCUUUAAAGAGUGCCGGCAUUCUCGAGUCAGGGGUCUUCACCAUAGAUCCUGAUGGUUUGGAGGAUGGAGUAGAUCCUUUUCCUGUGGAGUGUGACAUGGUCUCUGACUCUGCAACAGGCAUUACUGUGAUAGGUCAUGAUACAGAGGACCGAAUGCGUGUGCCUCCCUGUGAAGAUGCAGGGUGCUAUUCUCGAACCAUUAAUUACAAUCAGGCAUCCUUAGAUCAACUUAAGGCUUUAACGGAGACCUCAAAGUACUGUGAACAGUAUGUCAGUUUGGAAUGUCGCCAUAUCCGCUUCCUUAAGCAGCACUGGGGUUGGUGGGUGUCUCGUGAUGGGCGAAAAAUAAAUUCCUGGGGUGGAGCCUCAACUGACAGUGGAAAAUGUGCUUGUGGAGAGAAUGGCAACUGUGCCCUGGGUCUUUCCACAUGCAACUGUGAUGCAAAUGACGAUGUUUGGAGACAGGAUAAAGGAUAUCUGACAGACAAAUCCAUUCUUCCUGCACAGGAGGUGAGAUUUGGAGAUACGAGAGAUGUGCCUGUAGAGAUGGCAUUUCACAAGAUUGGCCCACUUCGUUGUUAUGGACAGGGUUCCAAAGCUCUGGUGCUGGAGUCCUGUGCUGCACUGAAGGAAGCAGGGUUCCAGGAAUCACAACGUUACAUCAUUGACCCAGAUGGAGUUGGAUCAGGAGUUCCAGAGUUUGAAGUUUUCUGUGAUAUGACCUCUGACCAAUCGACAGCUAUAACCAUUGUAAGUCACGACAGUGAAAGACGCACAAGAGUAUCUCCCUGUGAGGAACCUGGUUGUUACAGAAGAGAGAUAAAAUAUGAAGCGGAACUGAUCCAGCUGAAUGCCCUCACACGCAUUUCUGAAUCCUGUGAGCAACAUGUCAAGCUGGACUGUCGCCAUAUUCGCUUCAUCCAAGCAGGCUGGGGCUGGUGGGUGUCCUGGGAUGGAAGAAGAAUGUUCUACUGGGGAGGUGCAAGUCCAGGUAGUGGUCGCUGUGCUUGUGGAAUGACAGAAUCUUGUUCUAUCCCAGGAAUGCUCUGCAAUUGCGAUAGCAAUGACCACAUUUGGAGAACGGAUGAAGGAAUUCUACAUAAUAAAUCAUCACUGCCCAUCCAAGCUGUACACUUUGGUGAUACAGAGGGUGCACCAUUAGAGAUGGCCUUUUAUACCGUAGGAAAGCUCAUGUGCAAAGGAAAAGCUGGGACACAGAAGAUCUACCAAUCGUUGUGAAGGCACUGGCAAUAGUCAACCAAAGAUUAAUAACUUAUCAUAUCUCUUGAUCCCAGCCAAGAGAGAAAUGGAAUUUAUUUUUAAACUUAUAUAUAAUUUUUUAAAAAUCUAGUGUAGACUUCAAUAUUGUUAGGUCUGUGUACACAUUUACAGAAAAUGUAGCUACCUCUGAAAUUCUUAAAUAGGAUUUACAGUACCUAAACAUGUCAUUCAGCCCAUCUGUUUUAUGCUGCUAUGCUCCACAUGAGCUUCCUUCCCUCCCACCUAAUCCUUCUUCAUCUAAUCCUAUCAACAUAUCCUUCUAUUCCCUUCUCCCUCAUUUGCUUGUCUAGCUUCCCUUUAAAUAUAUCUAUGCUAUUCGCAUCACCUAUUCCUUGUGGUAGCACAUUUCACAUUCUUACUACAUUUUAGCCAUAUAAGUUUUUUCCUCAAUUCGUUGUUGGAUUUAUUGGUUACUAUCAUAUAUUUAUGGCCUCUAGUUUUGAGAUCACCUGUUAGUCUUCUUUACGAUGAUCAUGUCAAACCCUUUCAUAAUGUUGAAGAUCUCAUCAGGUCAAUCAUCAGUUGUCUCUUUUCCAGUAAGAGGAGCCCCAGCUGUUCAAUCUAUCCUGAUGGGUAUAUCCGCCUUAUGUGUUAUUUUAUUGUAACCAUAGAUUGUGUAAAUCUAAAGCUUUUUUAAAUUAUAAAUCAACAGAGAAUGUUUAUUUUUUUUCUGUGGCAAUGACAGCAAAGUCAAUAUGCUGUCUUUUUCAGCUCGGCAAGGAAGGUAUCAAUAAUCUCUGCAACAAACAUUAUUCAGGUACUUACCAUGAAGACUGCCCUGGACACAUUCACCAACAUAAACUCUUCUGAUUUCAGAGAUUAACAGAGCAAUGAACUUCUUUAAUACAGCACAAAUAUGGACUUGGAUGUUUUCUCCCAAUGGUACAAGCCACAUGCAAGUCUGCCUGUCCAAUAGGAUCAGUGAUUUUCCUCCUGUAAUGUAAAUUUUAGGAUUUGGGUUUUACAUUGAGACAUGUUAAUUUUGCAACAAGAAUCUAUUUGGAUUA